GUCCAGUUACAAACAUGGAUCAGAUGCUUCCGAGUCCGGGAUUUUCGAUCCCUAGCAUCGGUACGCCGUUGCAUCAGCCGGAAGAAGAUCAGCAGAUUCUACCGCAUGCCUAUCAGCAGCAACAGUCCAUGCCGCACAUGACGCCGAUGGGUGGCCUUAGCUCUAGCAACUACACAAUGCCGGCAAUCGGUUCGUCGUCCGGCAAGAGCAUGCACACGUACGCUCCCAGCUUUUCCACCCCACAGAAUAUGAUCCAGCCACAGACACCGCAAAGCUUGAUGUCACCGAUGGUUCCAAUGACGGAAUCGAAGGCAGCGGCAACACCGAGCCAAACGCAGGGCAGUGGUGGCAGUGUCCGAGAUCCGGAAAACAUUGGCAGCGUUAACAUCCAUCAAACCAUGGGCCCCGCUACACCGAUGACGCCGAUGACACCGAGCGAACCGGCCAUCCUACCACAGCUGCAAAACAUCGUCUCGACGGUGAACCUGAGCUGCAAGCUCGAUCUCAAGAAAAUUGCCCUGCACGCACGUAAUGCCGAGUACAACCCGAAACGUUUUGCUGCGGUCAUUAUGCGCAUUCGGGAACCGCGUACCACCGCACUGAUUUUCUCCUCCGGCAAGAUGGUGUGCACCGGAGCGAAAAGUGAGGACGACUCUCGGCUGGCAGCUCGCAAGUACGCUCGUAUCAUACAGAAGCUGGGCUUUACGGCCAAAUUUCUUGACUUCAAAGUACAAAACAUGGUCGGUAGCUGCGACGUGCGGUUUCCGAUUCGGCUCGAAGGUUUGGUGCUGACUCACGGCCGGUUCAGCUCGUACGAGCCGGAACUAUUCCCUGGUCUGAUCUACCGUAUGGUGAAGCCACGUAUCGUACUUUUGAUUUUCGUGUCCGGCAAGGUUGUGCUAACGGGAGCCAAAGUGCGGCAAGAGAUUUAUGAUGCAUUUGAGAACAUCUACCCGAUUUUGAAGAGCUUCAAGAAACAGUAA